AUGAAUUAUUCAAAGCUUCCUACUUCUCAUUAUUCUCAUGAUCAUGAUCAUCAUCAUCAUCAUGAUCACUCUCUAAGGGAGCCUCUUUUGCAAAACUUUACACAGAGAGUGGAGGAGCAACAGCAAGAGCUUCUUCAUCAGAUUCAUGAAGUAAAUCGUGUAAAGGAGACGACAAAAUCUACUAGUAACCCUAACCCUAUCCCUCUUAUUCCUUGUUUACUACAGCCCAAGAAGGAGCAACAGCAGAAUAUUAGCCAUGCAGUUGAAAAGGAGCUUCAAGAGCUGAAGCUUCGAGUUGCGAAGCUAGAAACGUCAUGCCCUUCGUCAUCUGCUAAACAAGGAGAGGCCAUGGAGAAAAUCAAGAAGAAGAAUGCUGCUCUGGAGAAGAAAGUCUCGGAGUUGACAGCCAUUGUUGAUGAGAUGAAGAGGACGAUUGCUGCUGUUGCUGCAUCUGUUGACCUGCAAACUCCAGUUCCUAGCACUGAGACACCUGCAGCAGGGUCAACACAUGAUCAGAUUAUUGAGCUGCAAACUCCAGUUCCACAAUCUGAUGAUGAGAUCAAUGAUGGAGUAGUGAUUGAUGAUCUUACUGGAUGCUUAAUGGUUUUGAUUUUUCUAGUGGCUGUGUUCAUUGGUGUUCUACUAUAA